GUAAUGAAUGGUUGUUCAGAAAUGCAAUUAUAAGCUACUUAAAAAAUCUCUAAUACAAUAUCCGAUAUAUCCAAUAAUCCAGUCAUCUUGUACCCCCACCGACCUCGGACCAAUUAGAAAUAGCGAUUAGGGCUACCUAAUUUCCGUCGCGUCAAAUGCAAUCGCGGACUUAACGAUAUUUGACAAACGCGCAACUCGCAAAUAUUCUCAUCGUCCCUGUUCGCAGCUCAACCACCCGGCUACCACCGUAUUUGCACUCCUCGUCAACGCGGGUCCAUAUACAAUUUGAAAAAAAAAAAAUGUCUUUCCUCGCCCGUCGAGCCACAGCUGCUGCCCCGGGCCUCGCCCGCGCUUUCAGUGCGUCCGCCCGCCGUGAUGUCGCCAAAAUCACGCUGGUCGGUAACCUGGCUGCUCCCCCCGAGGUCAGGGCUACUAGCACAGGCCGCGAACUUAUCGAGUAUGCCGUCGCUAGCAACUAUGGACCUAAAGAUAACCGCCAGACGAGCUGGUUCAGGGUCGCUGCUUUUAUCGAGGAGGGACCCCGCCGGGACUUCUUGACUAGCUUACCUAAAGGAGCUACUGUCUACGUCGAAGGCGAUGCCACCAUGAAUGCCUUCACCGACGCCGAGGGCAAGUCACGAAGAAACAUCGAGGUCCUGAAGCGACCAACUCCUCCUGAAUAGGUAAUAGGUAGUCAAUGUGUAUAAAACUUGGGACGGCCAAAACGACGCCCAAACAGACCAAGAUGUGUUACCUUGAUCUUGGAUUAAAGCUCUCCACUAUGGGAACUUUCUUAUGUCUAAAUGACGGCACUACGCUUGGGGAUGUUACUGUAUGAUAUUGCUACGUCAGGACUUGAUACCAAAUGUGUUAACCAUGUCCCUUCACCGUACAUUGUCCAGGAUGACAAUAUAUAAUAUGCCUCCAGUUCUGCCC